GAAGGGCUCACCCUCUCACUCUUAUCCUUGAUUGUUGAACUCAAUGGAACUCAACAUACCUGAUGUUGGAAUGAGCUUAUGCACUCUGCCACUACAUCUGCCAAUUCAUUAUUCACUCUGCUGAAGACAUCUCAAUCCUUGGCCUUGAUAAUCAUGAAUGGCAACAUGUUGAGUAUUUGUUGCAAUUGCUUUCUGACUUCUUCUUAUACACCAAGGGUCUCUCAAAACACACCGGUGCCACAAUCCAUAAGGUGUAUCAAAUCUAUGAUGCUCUGUUCAAUCACCUUGAGGAUUCCAUGCAGCACCUGGGAUCAAAAAGAGCAGCAUGGAAAAAGGCAAUCUACCAAGGUCUGGUAGCUGCAAAGCAAAAACUUCAGCAGUACUAUCAGAAGACUUAUGGCUUUCAUGGCAUUAUCUAUGCAGUUGCAACUGUAUUAGAUCCAUAUCAAAAGCUGUCUCUGUUUCAAUCAGACAACUGGAUGGAACCGAAAUCUGAGCAUUGGGAUGUGGCAUACAACAAAAUAAUGCAUAAAGUCUUUCAUCACUAUUGUGAGCGCUUCCCUCAAUCUGAUGUUGAGAUCACUCAUCCAUCAGCUAUGAGUCACAUUGACAUUGCCCUUCAUCAAUCCAAACGCCACCGGCAGGCUGCUCAGUCGCACUCCCAUGACUCUGAGAAUACUGGACCAGCUAACUAUUGUGAACUCACUUGGCACCACAGAUGCCCUUCAAUGGUGGCAUAAUAAUGCCAAUCGAUUCCCUAUCCUGGCCCAAAUGGCCCGUGACUUCCUUGCAGUCCCUGCCAGUAGUGUAGGACCUGAGAAUCUCUUCAGCACUGCCCGUGAUAUUUGUCAUUAUCACUGGAACCAUCUUGCCCCAGAGACAAUUGAAGCACUUAUAACUCAGAUGUGUAGUGAUCACUUUGCACUGAGUUGUGAGUUUGAAUUUCUUGAGGAUGAA